UUAUUCGAAGAUUUAAGUCUGAUUCAAUUCGGAUGGUUAGAUUAUUUUUCCAACACUACAUAAUGAUGCUCAAAUGCUCAUUUUGUGAGUAUUUAUGGGCCGACUAUUUGACCCAAUAAUCAACGUAAUGGGCCUCUUCAACCCGGAAUUGAGUAAACCGACCCGAGAGUUCAUCUCACGCGCCAACCCGUUCAAAAUCCCAUUCCUGAUUUCGCGGCCUUUUCCUCCUAAACAAACUCACACCUUGCGACACACUCUCCGAUUCUUCAUCGGAUUUCGAAUAUGGCGAAACUCGUCGAGACCUUUGCUUGCGUUCCUUCGACGGAGCGUGGCCGUGGUAUUCUCAUCUCCGGUGACCCCAAAUCCCAUUCUAUUCUCUACUGCAAUGGCCGAUCCGUUUUGAUUCGGAGUCUCCGUCGGCCUCAAGACGUCGAGGUCUACGGCGAGCAUGGUUAUCCCGUAACCGUCGCUCGAUAUUCUCCCAACGGAGAGUGGAUUGCCUCCGCUGAUGUGUCGGGUACGGUCCGGAUCUGGGGAACGCACAAUGGGUUCGUGCUGAAGAACGAGUUCAGGGUCCUCGCUGGUCGGAUCGAUGAUCUCCAGUGGUCUUCCGAUGGCUUGAGGAUCGCCGCGUCCGGAGAUGGAAAGGGAAAGUCAUUCGUUCGAGCCUUCGUCUGGGAUUCUGGCAACACAGUGGGGGACUUUGAUGGCCAUUCUCGGAGGGUUUUGAGCUGUGCGUUCAAACCCACGAGACCUUUUCGAAUCGCCACUUGUGGGGAAGAUUUCUUGGUGAACUUCUAUGAUGGACCUCCCUUUAAGUUCCAUUCAUCCCACAGGGAACAUACGAAUUUCGUCAACUGCAUCAGAUUCUCUCCUGAUGGUAGCAAAUUCAUCACUGGAAGCUCGGAUAAAAAGGGUAUGAUAUACGAUGGAAAAACAGGAGAAAAAAUCGGAGAAUUAGCCUCAAAAGACGGUCACGAAGGCAGCAUCUACGCUGUUAGCUGGAGCCCUGAUGGCAAACGGGUACUCACUGUAUCUGCUGACAAGUCUGCCAAGGUAUGGGACAUAUCUGAAGAUGGAUCUGUCGGCUCCGUGGUAAAGACAUUGAUAAGUUUCGGAUCUGGUGGAGCGGAAAGCAUGCUUGUUGGAUGCCUUUGGCAGAAUGAUAAUCUCAUUACGGUAUCACUUUGCGGUACCAUAUGCUUGUUUGCUGAAGAUGAUUUUGAUAAGCCUCCGUUGCAGCUAUCUGGACAUACAAAGAAUGUCACUGCAUUGGCUGUUCUUGGGACAAACCAGAAGACAAUUCUGUCUAGCAGCUACGAUGGCCUCAUAGUGAAAUGGGUACAAGGGGUUGGGUACUGUAGCAAGCUACAGAUGAAAGAUGGGACCAAGAUCAAGCGCUUAGUGGCUAAUGAAAACAGCAUUAUCUUAUCUGGGUUUGAUAACAAGGUCUGGAGAAUUCCUUUGGAAGAUGGUGAAUUUGGAGAUGCGGAUCAUAUCGAUAUCGGGCAUCAGCCAUUGGAUGUAAGCAUAGCCGUCGACUCUCCCGAAUCAACAGUACUGGUUUCAUAUGAUUCAGGAGUUGUGCUGCUGAAAGGUCAUAUCGAAAUCUUGAGUAAGAUAGAGCUGGGAUUCCCUGUGGCAGCUUCUGCCAUUUCGCCGGAUGGAAGAGAAGCCAUUGUAGGAGGUCAGGACGGAAAGUUACACGUAUACUCCGUAUCAGGGGACAGUCUGAAAGAAGAAGCCGUACUGGAGAAACACAGAGGAGCAAUAACAGUGAUACGCUACUCCCCUGAUUUAACAAUGUUCACUUCUGGAGAUGCCAACCGGGAAGCCGUUGUAUGGGACAGGGAGACAAAACAGGUGAAGCUAAACAACAUGGUGUUCCACACGGCGAGGAUAAACAGCAUGGGAUGGUCUCCGGACAGCAAAAGGGUGGCGACUGGGUCAAUAGACACGUGCGUGAUUGUGUACGAAGUGGACAAACCGGCUUCAAGCCGUACCACUGUCCGUAACGCUCAUCUUGGCGGCGUCAACGCUGUUUCCUUCAUCGACGACUUCACUGUCGCCAGUUCUGGUGAAGACGCCUGUGUUCGUUCCUGGCUUCUUGAUCCUCCUUGACCAAAACACACUCCCCCCUUGACCCAUUUGAUUAUUAAUAUUAUUUUUGUUACAGGGAGUUUUCCCCCUCAAUUAUUUAUUUUUCAUAAUGUGAUGUUUAGUUUUAUGUAAUGAGGAU